AUGGAACAUCAAGAUGAGGCCAAGUGGGAGUGGAAGUUGGCUGCCGAUUCACUGGCAAUUUUCGAAUCAAAGCACCAGAACAACGGGGACCUAAGCUCAAAGGACAUGGAGAAGCUCACUAAGCUGCAGUCCAUGGUAGCUGACAAACAUGCCAAAUAUCAAGAUAAAGUCAGGAUUGCUAACUCCUAUAGGAACCAAUUGCAAGAUAAGCAGAGAGAAAUCGGCUGGCCAGCGGAUCUAGACUUUUUCCAGCUGUCGCAAACGAUCAGAGCCGGCGGAUCAGGUUCAGCCGCAGCGUCAGCGGAUGCAAAUGCCUCAAUGACGCCAGUUAGGACGCAGGCCCAAAACAGCGUACAGUCUUUUGUCUCUCGUGCAGUGCUUCCGUUGUCGUCAGAAGCUGAGAGGAGCCAAGGAGAGCUGGACAGGUUGCCUUACCUCGACAGUGACAGCAGCCCGGACAGCUCACCUACACCAGGGGCUUGCAGAGAUCUGUCUAGCGAAAGAGGUGCGACGUCGACAAGCACAAGCACCACAGCAGUGGUGUUGGGCCUUAGGCCAAAGUCCGGGCUUCGUAUGUCAUUCGGCCCCAAGCCACUGCGAGCCGUGAGGGGACAGAGCAAGGUUCUUGCGGAAUUAGAUAAGCUGGGCAAUCAAGGGCUGAAGAUGACGGCAGAGGGCAAAGCAGACAAGGAAGGGGCAACUGCAGAGGCUGAGACCUCGGACAAGACAAUCUUCUCAAAGUCCCUGACCGCCUUCAGCCCCUCAUCGUCACUUCUGCCUUCGAGUCCUCCGAAGUCAUUCUCCGAUGCAUUCUCGAGUCUGGCAUUAGCACAGGCACAGGACCUGACUUUGUCAGCUGACUGGGCCAUGUCUACUGUUCUCGCUGAUGGGUCAUCAAUUGGAGAUGUGACCGAUAUGGAGAGAGACAACUUGGAGGACCUCUACUAUCUGAACGCGAGUGACAUCGCCAAAAGGUCCACAUCAGGGCCCAGUCAAGCAGCAAGCAACAGAGUCUCUGGUCGGCCUGAUGAGAACAACGCGGAAAUGCCUAGGACACCACAUGCAAAGAUCUCGGCAAAGGGGAAAGAAGCCAGGACUUCCCACCAAUCUUUCCUUGAUAGCAUACAAGAAGUCCUGGGAAAGAAGACUCCUGACUUUGAGCAUAGCAGCUUUUUAGAUUCUGAUGUGGCCAGAUUCUUAAAGUGCAGGGCCUCCAGUGUCGAGGAGGAACAGGCAGCCAAAUGGUGCUGCAAUGAGAACAAGGAACGUGAUGACGAUGUCGAGGGCAACGAAAGCAAGAACAGCGGCAAUGGCGAUGGCAACGGCGACAAAUGUGGCAAUGACAGCAACGACAGCGACAAAGGCGGUAACGAGCGUGAAAAACCCAGAAAAGAUGGGGACACGACUGAAAAGUCUUGGAGCCCCGGGACUGUUGGCAAUCCGAUCGUCAUGGACAACAGAGAGAUUUACAGCUGA